GCCCCGCCCACGCGCCGCCCUCCUCCUGUGUGUCCAAUCACAGCAGGAAGGAGGGAAAGAUCACAAGCUGGAUCGCCGUUUGGGCUGAUCACCCCACCAUGCCCAUUGGCGCUGGCCGGCUCGCCACACCCUGAGCUCCGCUUUUCUUCUUGUGCGCCCCCGUGCCACUGCACCUCGUCCCCCCCUCCCCCUUCCCUUGGUCUCUGCUGGGCUGAAGCCAAGCUGGUCCUGGCCGUCGGGCACAAUGCUCCAAUGGGCCGCUGUCGCUCGGUGUCCAGCUGGAAUCCUUCGGCCAUCUCCCGGGAGGCGACUAUCGGCAGCGGCAACGGCGGCCACUCGCCUCCCUGAGCUGGGGCUCGCACAGCCAGGCCUCGGCCUGCCGGGGCCACCGGAUCCCGGGGCCCAGGUGCCGGUCUCCCCACACCCGGGGCCUGCCUCUGACGAGGAUACGGGGCUGGGCAGCCGCCUGUCGGUGCUGCGCCUGUACAUCCCCCACCGAGCGGUCGGCGCCGAUCGCCUGGAGCUACUUGCCUCGGGCGACGACGCGGCGCUGGUGGCGGCGGCGGCGGCCACGGCCGCAGCGGCGACCGUUCGGCGGCCGGAUCAGGUUCGCGAAACCGAGGCCCUCCGCCGCCUGGCUGCUGGGGCUGGCCGGCCGAUCCUGGGGCCCGGUCCACCGGGUCUGGCAGCUUGUGUCGAUGGCGGCCAUGGCGGCACCACCGGUGACGGGCAUGCUUCCCGUAGACUUGAGCUCUCCCAGUCGGCGCAGGCGUUGCUGGGUGUGCGGGCCGCACGGCGGCCGCCAGUUGAAGAGCCGAGCACCGUGGCCCCGCAGCCGGCGCGCCUGCUCCCGGCCACGCUGGCUCGCUAUCAGGCGAUCUUGGCCCUGGUGGAGGCCUCCCCGGGGGCCACCUCGGCCACCAUAGCCGCGCAGCUUGGGCUGACGGUGCAGCAAGUGACCCGGGCGGUGAGGGCCCUUCGCCCGGGGUAUGCCUGGCCCAAGCGCCAGCGGUCCCUCCGCCGGCAGGAGCAGGUGGCCCAACUCCUGCAGGAGGAGCCGGGCAUCACGGUCACCCGGGCGGCCCAGCGCCUGGGCAUGGAUCCGAAGAGCGUGUAUGCCCUGGCCGAGGCCACCAUUCCGGGGCAUGUGUGGCACCGGGCCGAGCGCCUUGCUCCCGGGGCCGCGGAUCGGGCACUCGUCCUGCUGGAGCGCCGGGUGGCCGCGUCGCCGCUCGACCGGCAGUCCCUCGGGGCCAUUGCCCAGGAGGCUGGCCUGUCGGUGCCGGCCCUGCGGCGCCUGGCCGCCGCGCGUGUCCCCGAGGCGCUGACACCGCCACGCAAGCCGCGCGCCGCUCCAGCACCACCAGCGGCCGACUCGUUGCCGGCCAACGCGUCCUCGACCGGUGUGCUGGACCGGGCGGCAGCGACGCCCGUCGGGAUAUCCCCCACUGGGGGGGCAUCUCCCCCGGGGGAGAUCGCGGGUGCGUCACCUCCGGCCGGGGCUUAUGGCGAUGGGGGCUCCCCGGGGCCGCGGUCGGCCCGCCAGCAGGCCAUCGUCCAAUUGGCUCGCCAAAGGCCGGACUUCACGCCGACGGCCAUCGCCCGGCAGGUGGGUGUGGCAUUGAACACGGUGCGCAGCACCCUGGCGCUGUUCAUGCCAGGCCGGCAGGUUGUCAGCCCGCCCACCCGGACGUCCCUUCCGCGCGAAGAACUCCGCGCCCGGGUGCUCAGCCUGUCCGGGGCCCUGUCCCGGACGGAGAUCGCCCAAAUGCUGGGCGUGUCGCCGCGAACCGUCGGGCGCAUCCUUCAGCACCAACGGCGCUUGGCCCUCGGCGAUGGGGCGCGGCCCAAGCCGGCUCCCCGGGGACCGCCCCUCCCCUUGUCCUCCUCUCGUCUGGCGUCGGGGCUCCAUCGCCAGACACCCUCUCCUGGCUCCGACCAGCUGGCCCACCUCCUCCGGGUGGCCCAGGUCCCUCCGGCUCUUUGCCUUACUCAGACACCCUUCCGCUUGGUCGAUGGUCAGACCACCGACCAGCGGUGACGGGCCGCCCCAUUCGGCCGUGCCCACUCUCCCGGUUCCUCCGCGUCCUUCUCCUGUAUCCCCGGUCCGAACAAUAUAGAUCAUCCUCUGCCCCUCGGCCAUGCGUGCCCGCAGGGGGCAUCCCUGUCA